UUCCAGCCGCGCGCCGCCGGCGGACCGGACGGGUCGGGAGUUGUGUACCGGUCGGUGCUGUGUUUCCAUUCCGGCCGGCCGGCUGUGUCUGUCCCGGCCGACCAGUUUGUUAUCGCAGCCGGGAACUAAACACAGGCCGACACCGGUGGCAGAUUUGUGACCUGUCAGCGCCGGUACCACCGACACUGGCUGGGCGCCCGUCGGCCGUCACUGCCGUGGCAGAAACAUGCCGCCCGAGAAAGGUUGCACGUGGAUAUGGCCGGAAGUUGGGCCCGGCCCGUAGGAGUCGUUUGUUUUGGUUUUAAGACACCUGCUCUCGCACGCGUAGGUGCCAGCUGUGGCGCGGCGCGGACGGUGUGCGGGGUAAACGGUCGACGGGUGGCCCCGGUGAUCGGCUCCCACGUCACGAGCUGUCACUGCUGACGUGCGGCGGGAGGUGUAGCAGGAGCACGCGAUGACCUUCGUCGCGGUGCCGGGGUCUCCGGGCGGCCGCACCGGUAUACGGCGGGCCGACUUUCCGCGUUGCGUGCUCGGUACCUACCUGUCCGCUUUGGGGGCGUCUUCCUUAGAGUUACUGUCCGGCGGAAUGGCCGCGGCCGCAGCGGGCAGCCGCCCCUCUUGGAUCGACUCCAGGGCGGACCGUUUGGCCCCGGGCGCCGACCCGCGUCAGAUGCCUGCGGCCGGCCUGCGACCCGACCGCGCCGACCUCCUCAGCAUUCGUAUUCCGGCCAGCGAUUCGCCCGGUACCGCGGAAGAUUUCCGGCGCGGUCCGACCAUGGCUGCAGUGGGUGAGGCGGCGCGACCCCGGCACCGGGCUGCCGCGGCCGCCAUGACGCCCUCACCGGCGCUGGAGAUGUCCUCGCUGGCCGAGGACGAGGUGCCGCUGACGCUCGAGUCCACGCUGGACUCGGAGGACGGCCUGGUGGAGGUGCGCAAGGCGCCGCGGCCGGCCGCCGAGGAGAGCUGGUUCUCGAUCGGCGUCCAGGUGUUCUUCCCGUACUUGGUGGCCGGCUUCGGCAUGGUCGGCGCCGGCAUCGUGCUUGAUGUCGUACAGCACUGGAGGGUGUUCACCGAGGUGACCGAGGUGUUUAUCCUGGUGCCGGCGCUGCUCGGCCUCAAGGGGAACCUGGAGAUGACGCUGGCCUCCCGGCUCAGCACCCACGCCAACCUGGGCCGUAUGGACGAGCCGGGCGCCAUGUGGAGCCUGCUGCUCUGCAACAUGGGCCUCAUACAGUGCCAGGCGAUCGUGGUGGGUUUUCUGGCGUCCACGGCGGCCGUGGUGAUGGGCUGGAUCCCGGACGGCGAGCUGGACAUCCACCACACGCUGCUGCUGUGUGCCAGCAGCGUGGUCACCGCCUCGCUGGCUUCGCUCAUCCUCGGCACGGUGAUGAUUGCCGUGAUCGUGGGCUCGCAGCGGUUCAACAUCAACCCGGACAACGUGGCCACGCCGAUCGCGGCCAGCAUGGGCGACCUGGUGACGCUGGCGCUGCUCGCCUGGAUCGCCUCGCUGCUCUACCGCGCCAUCGGGCCGGACCCGUGGCUGGCGCCCACCAUUAUAGUUGUGUACCUGCUGCUGAUUCCCGUGUUCGCGUGGGUGUCACACCGCAACCAGUACACGCGCAUCGUGCUGAUGGAGGGCUGGACGCCCGUCAUCACGGCCAUGCUCAUCAGCAGCGCCGGAGGCCUGAUCCUCGAUUUUGCCGUGUCGGCGUACGAGGGCGUGGCCGUGUUCCAGCCGGUUAUCAACGGCGUGGGCGGGAACCUGGUGGCCGUGCAGGCGAGCCGCAUCUCGACCGACCUGCACCGCUCGGGCCGGCCGGGCCAGCCGCCGCACGCCGGCCACCAUCGGGCCGACGGCCACGAGGUGUGCCUGACGCCGUGGGCCGCCUUCUGUCGUACCGGCGGCCACUCGCGGACGGCGCGGGUUCUGCUCGGUAUGGUGGUGCCCGGUCACCUGGUGUUCUGCUAUAGUAUCAGCUAUCUGCGGGCGGGCCACACGUCGCUAACGCCCACCUUCCUCGUGGUGUACAACUGCGCCGCGCUACUGCAGGUUCUGGUGCUGCUGUACGCCGCGCACUGCAUGGUCAACUGGAUGUGGAAGCAGGGCGUGGACCCGGACAACUCGGCCAUCCCCUACCUGACGGCGCUGGGAGACCUGAUCGGCACCGGGCUGCUGGCGCUGGCCUUCCAGUUCCUCUAUAUCGUCGGUGACCGGGACUCGGACCUGGGCGACUGAGGCGGCCGGUCUACGCCGCGGUCCCGCCCGCCCGUCCGGGACAACACCUGCUCCGUCCCAGCGGCCGGCCGCGCCCCAGCCAGGACCGCAAUACUCUGUGUGAGAUUGCCUCCCUCCCAGCUGCCGGCCGAGGUCUGAGCUGGCAGCGCGCUGUGUUUCCGCUCGGUGCGGCCGGGCUGUUCUCAAGACUCGUUCGUGUGCAAUGUUCGCGUCACGUUGCCCAGAAGUAUUCCCGUGUGUGCCGUGGGGCGUGGUGGCGGUUGUGUGAUUUUAUACCGGGUGGGGCGUGUAGAGUGUGGCAUUCGGGAUGGUUAGUGCCGACUGUUGACUGCACUGGCUGCUGGCGCCGGGAGAGUGAGGGGUAGGACAGUUCGGACGUUAUUUCAGGCACAUUCGUGUGCCGAUGCGACAUCCCUCCAUAGUGCGUGUUGUUAUAACGGAUAAUUUGUGGGGCCUCCUGAUAGGCGUAGAUCAUGCCGAUACUUACAGGAGGUCGGGGAUGGAAUCGCAAGACGAUUGAUGACUUGGUUGGACUCGAAUCCCUCCCCCCCACACACACACACACAUUUCAGACACGCGCUCAUUUCCGAAGCAUGCUGCGCGGGCCCAUCAGACACUGCAAUACGAGAUCCCUGUGGAAAACUGGGUGCUAGGAAAUGGUACUUAACAGGUAGUCCAACUGCCAGAUGUUGUUUUCUCUGAAUAACUUUUAUGAUUAGAAGUUGGAAAAUUUUAUCGAGUGGUGACGUGCGCCUUCUCUCGACUGUGUUCGGUCCGUUCCACUGACAGUGUUUUGUUCCUCUGUAGGUGUCUGUAGGCCUGGGCCGAUCAGGCAGGUGUCGAGUGGGUGGAUACGCCCGUAGGUGGGGCAUUUUGUACUAUCGAGGCUGCUCUGGUCAUGGGCGAUUUAUAAACAAGAGUUGUUGUGAACUUGCGAAUUUUAUAUCCAAAGAAUACAUAUUAGUAUUUGUA